UCAUUCCUUAUAGCAACGUUCAUACAGUUUGUUAGGUAUCCAUCAUAAGUAAUGCUGCAUAAAGUGCCUCGAAGUAGAAUAUAGAGAAAAGAGACUGCACUGCUCAUAAACAACGUGUAGCAACGGGAUCAAGACAAAGCCAUAGGUCAUCAAUACACCGGAUUUGCACCGCUUUUUGUAAUAAGUUUUUGGCUGAUGUUUUCGUAGAACCUAAACUACUGAACUCUUCUGAACGGUUACUGGCAAUUAAGCGUUGAAGAGAGUUUAUCUUGUCAUUCAAUUCUACCUGUCUACAGUUAAUCAUUUCAUGGCAGGGCGUCACUGAAUAACUGUUACAGGCUGGACGACUUUUCAAAUAAUUAUUCCUCCAAGUGUGAAGUUCUUGAAUGAAGGAUAAUGGUGUUGGGCGCCUCGCGUUCGUUCCGUCAGUGUUUUUAUUCUUGAGUAUUGCUACUACUAUUAUUAAACAGCAAAAGCAAUUAAAACUUUCAUUAUGCCUAUACAUUACAAUCAGAAAGCUAUCAGCACACUCCCUGGUGUUCCAAGACUUCCCGUUCAAAGCGUCUCCAUGAAUGAAUAACAAAUUGCUUGGUUUGUUUCACCGUUCAGAUGGUGGCCGUCGCCUUGCUAACGUGGCUAUUCUUCCUCAGUACACAGUCCCUCCGGUCCGCUGCACUGCUGCGUCAGUCCUCAGGUAGAUGUCAGCAUCACAAUGUCCUCGAAUGUGCUGAAUGAAGAACAAUAUUCCUGUACUUGGCCACUGAAUAACAUUUCAUUUAUCAGUUCAUUCACGCACCCGCGUGUCACUGUUCUCCAUUGCGACAGAAAGCACAGCACCAGAAGCACUAGCAGCGGUGCAAGGCGUCUGGGCGUCACAGCGUCAGCACCAGUGUCCGGCGCUGCUCUUGUCGGACAACCCCAGCCAGGUUGCUCUAACAUUCGUGAAGGUACGUCACCCGUUGAGGCGAGUAAAACCUUUUCCUUAUUCGAGAACUGAAAGACUGCAUUGGCAACAUUUCAUUGGAUGAUCAUCAUUACUCUCUAAGCGGCUUUUUCAGGAGGCCGAGGAGAAGCUUUCGCCACGCGGCAUCGCCGUCUUCCUGGCGGCUCCUCAACACACGCAGGGUAAUGGAACGCUGGUGUACCUCAAGGGGACGAUCGACAAGGUUCGCCAGAUGGGAGAAGCGUGGCACUGCCUGUUGGUGGUGGUGGUGAGUGAUGACCCAGCCUUCCUCGCCGCCUUCGGUCACCUGUCACUUAGGCGUCACGCCCUCAGGUGGUCCACGAGGGUCCUUGUCCUCACUCGCCUCCCUCUCACCCAUCUUGGCGGCCUGCACGGCCUUCUCUCCAAUAGGAACGCCAUGCUGCUCCUCGUGCACCGAGGCCAGAAAAAAAGGGAUGUUGGCGUGUACGUUGCGAUGCCGUUCAGCCCCAUCACGAAACUCCCCAACAGAGUUGCCAGCUGGUCUGCCAGCAAGACUUGGACACAAACUCUGCAAUCACAGUUUUUUCCGGACAAGUUUUUUGUAUUCGCUUCAGCACCAACGCUGACGGUGGCGGUGGAGCUCAUGCCUCACCACUCCCUCACAUGGGUGGACGACCCGCUCGCCAAGGAGGGACGCCGUCUCGUCUACACCGGUGCACUGGAUAAAAGCGUUACGUAUCUUGCAAAAGCAAUGAACUUUACGCACAGGUACGUGUUGUCCCCAGACAGGACGUUCGGCACUAUAAUGCCUGACGGCUCCUGGACCGGCAUGAUGGGCAUGGUGGUGCGGGAGGAGGUAGAUUUUGGAGGUGUGCCUUUCAUGUUGUCGCCAGCACGGGCAGCAGCAGGAGACUACACUGCGGCGAUAGGGACUGGAAAGGUGAUAAUACUUGGGGGGCUGGGAGGCCUUAAGAUUGACCCGUGGGGCUUCCUGCUGCCCCUCACACCCAUAGUGUGGGCAUCCGCCCUGACGGCACUGCUGAGUGUGCUGGCCUUGCUGGAAAUACUUUCCCUCAGUCUCUCCAGCGAGACGCUGCAUCGCGGCGCCUUCAGCCCUGUCCGCAUCCUCCUGCAACAAGGUGAGACCUCGUGGACCGUGCUAGGACCCGCCUGCUUGGGGCUGCCUUGCAUCUUAACGAUUUCCGUGCUCUCAGGGAGCAGCAGUCGUGCCCUAAUGAAGACAAAUUCUGCCUCACUCACUCCCAACGCAGACGUGGUGUGGCCCGCGGAGUGGUGGUGGUGGGAGCGUCUGGUGCUGGGUUUGUGGAUGCUGACGACGCUGGUGCUGACGAGGAGCUACGCCGGCAACCUCAUGUCCCUGCUGGCCGUGAGAUACGUGCCGCAGCCCUUCCAGACUCUGAGGGACGUCCUGGACCACCCGAGCGUUGCCAUGAUAUGGCAGAAGUAUUCCAAGAAUGAAGAAUUUCUAAGAGGUGUCCAGUCAGGUAUGUUUCGAGAAGUGGCGGACAUGGAGAAGAAGGGCCGCCUCAAGUUCCACACACAGACACAGUUUUCUAAGAGCCUUGACACCCUGGUGAGGGCCGGAGACCACGUUCUCGUCGAAAUUUAUAGUACUGUUAAAACAUUAAUGGCCUUAGACUUUUCCAAAAAAGGUCGCUGUGACUUCUAUCUGUCCAGAGAUGGAUUUCUGCCGUUUUCUUCUUCUAUAAUAAGUCAGAAAACGAAUCCCAUCAUUCAAGGUCUCAGUCCAAGGGUGAUGGCGCUGACGGAAUCUGGAAUCCUCACCUACUGGGUGCAGGACGUCGCCAAUUUCACUCGAUGCAACAAUGUGCCCAAAAAAGUGGCGUUCUCUACCACUCUCUCGUUCACUAACCUUUGGGGAGUGUUUGCAUUGCUGGCGGGGGGUCUGACUGCUGGCCUGGUGGUCUGGUGCCUUGAACUUCUGAACCUACCGGCCAAGAAGUCAUCAUGGAAAACGGUGUGACCAACAGUGUUCAUCCUGCUUCAAAUGUUCUUCGCGACGAAAUCUUAAAACGGGGAUGUCAUGCACUUUCCCAGUUGAAUUAAACGUCAGAAUUAAGAAGAAAAAACAAUGUUAUUUUAUCCCCAAAUUUUAAUAAAGACCAUUUUCUUUUUCUUUUUUUUUUUUUUAAGUUUAUUCGGUGUCAUGUUCAUUUGAGCACUGUCCGGCCACAGUUGAGAGCUUAUGUGAUUCAGUUCACAGUUAUCUUCUCCGCCAGUAAGGUGAUGGACGCUAAACCUGAGCCGAGAAGCAACAGGUAUGAGGAGCUCUGCAGGUGGUCCAUACUGGGCCCCUUCUGACUUGUGUCUUUAAGGAUGUUGUGUAUUCUGGAAGCAGCAGUGCCUAAUGAAAACUAACUUAGUAUAACCCACGGAAUGGUGGUGGUGGGAGCGUCUGGUGCUUUGGCUGUGGAUGCUGACGACACGUGCUGACGAGGAGCUACGGCGGCAACCUCAUGUCCCUGCUGGCCGUGAGAUACGUGCUGCAGCCCUUCCAGACACCAAGGAACGUUCCGAACGAUCCUCACGUCGCCAUGAUAUGGCAGAAGUAUUCCAAGAAUGAACAUUUUCUGACAGUGAGCGAAACGCAUUUUUAAAGCUAGAAUAUAUGGCAAACAUUAACAAGACUAUAUA